CCGUACGAGCCUCCGCGCGAGCGCUUCACGCCGCCACGCGAGGUCUUCUGCUCGCCAUCGCAGGAGUCGCCCACGCGGUCGCGGCCAAACCGGCGCAAGUCCGUGCAGAGCACGAAGGGCACGAAGCGGCUGACUCUGACAAUCAAGAAGGAGCCGCCGGUGAUCGACCUCACCCAACCGCUGCCCCCGCCGUCCCCGACGGACGAUCCGCUCCUGUUGUCUGGCCCGCCCCGACGCCGGAGGCCGAAGCCGAAGUCGCGCCCGAGCGAGGUCAGGCCGUCUACUCCCCCUCCCCUUCCCUCUUGUUCCUUUGAUGACUCUCUUGAUGCCGGUUCGCGCGCUUCUACACACUCGCUUAAUGGUUCUACACAUUCGUAUUCUCGUGAUACCCCACCUUUGUUGUCGAGCUCGCCGAUGCGCGAGGACGAUGAGGACGAGGAAGAGGAUGCCCCUCUCCCGGAGCUCAUCAUGGCCGCACCGGCACAGGCCGCCCCGUCCGACCCCGUCUUCACCGACGACGAGGACGCCAGUGGCGACCCAGCACCCGUAUUCAACUUCUCUGCGCUGGACGCGGCGAGCGACGAUGACUGGAGCGACGACGGACGCGGCGCAGGUCGCGAGGAAGCGGAGGAGGCGACGGGCGAGUAUACGGGGAGGUUCAGGGUCAUGGCCAUACCGACAAAGGCAGACCCUCCGAGCAGCUGUACGAGGAUGAGGAUGGACAAGUGGGGGCGGCCGAAGAGUCCGCAUCCGAGACGGAGCUUGGCGGCUUUGGAAGAGGGGGAGGAGGGAGUUGAUGAGGAUGAGGACGAGGACGAGGUGAUGAAGGAAGUGGAGGAGGCGGAAGAGAGCGAGGGUAGGGAGGAGGAUGUGCUGGAAGGGCAGGAUGUUGAGCUUGAGGAAGAAGUUUAUCAGCCUCUUGUCGAGGUUCGGGAAGAGCUUGCCCUGGAUGAAGACGAGGAGUCAUACGAGGCUCGGUACGAGCCAGCAGUCAUCCCUGUCGAAGAACCGGAUUUCGUGGACCUUUCGGUAGAGGUGCACGAAGACUCGCGCACGCCCUCCCCAACUCCCUUCGAGCUACUUACCCAGAAGACCACUGAACAAUAUGACUUCGACGUGCUCAUGGACGACGCGAGCGACCAGGACACACUCACGGAGCCGGACCCCGACCUUGCGGACGAUUUCGUCUCGGAGCUCAGUUCGAAGGGCAAGGAGCGCGCGAUCGUGCACAGCGACGUCUCUCCAUUGCCUAGCACGUCUACUGUCACGGUCGAAGCUCCCACUGAGGCUGAAGUGGAGGUUGUGGAGGAGUACUCGUCUGUCGACGUUGACGAGGAAGAGGAGGACCGCUCGGACGAGGCUGUCAUCGACCGCGAACUGUCUGUCCUGCCGGACGACGAGAGCGAAGAGGAGGAGGAAAUUGAAGCCACCACGGAAGUCCUACAACACGCGUUCCAUCCUCCCAGUGAGUCUCGCUCUACCGAUGCGGAGGCGAAUCCGGUGCGCUCCCCGGAGGUGCAGCCCGCGGCGGCAGAUGAGUACGAUAACCCAGCGGAUGGUUCCGACGACGAUGAGAGCGACUCCUUGGAUGACGGUGUCAUCAAGAUCACCAGUGAUGACCCUCUGGCAGCCGCUCGCGCUGCAGCGAUUCUCAGGCUGCACGACUACGACUGCGUCCCGCGCAUUCUCGCCAAGAAACGCCGCCAUUCUCAUCUCGACGCGACGUCCGCCAUCCGCGACGCGCGCCGCCGGUCGUCGCUCGCCUCAGGGAUCAGUAAGGCCACCUCGUCCACGCCGAAGGGUACGCGCAGGCACACCCUCGGGGGCAUGCUCGGCGACAAGGUGUUCAUCCCAGGGAGCCCGGCGUUGACCAUACCGGAGUUGCUGAAGGAAGCGGAGCGUUCGCUUGAUCUUGAGAACCUCAGCCACAGCCACAGCCAGGUUCAGGAUGAAAGCGCGGUCCUGCAGAAGAUGGCCUCGACCCGGAACGAGUUCGUCACGCCGUUGAAGCCGGCAGACUCGUUCAGUUGGGCGACGCCGAGCUUCUCCUUGGGGGACGCGUCGACUCCGGUUGGGAGAGAGGCGGGAGCUUGGACGCGCAAGGAGUGGAAGAAGCUGGAUUCGUGCUUGACGGACGAGCGGCUUGCGCUUGGAGGUGGCAAGGUGCUGGUGGAUGUUGAUUCUGUUGAUCUGGAGAAGGUCGCGGAUCGGUUCUUCGCGCAGCGGGAGGGAACAUCUGUGUUGCAGGAGCCUGAUGGGCUGAAUCGGGAGGAUGUCUUGCGGCGUGCCAGAGCGUUGCAGAAGAAGCAGCAGGCUGGAAGGGUCGCACCGCCCACGCCUUCAUCCGUCUCCCUGCUGUCAAACACUCCUUGUAUGUCAAGCUUCGAGAAGGAGUGCACUACGCCCCAAGGGCAUGCAUCUUCCGUGCCUCCCGCUCCUUCACCGGCCGAACCAGAAAGAUUGCAACCACCGCCACAACCGCACCCACAACCCAGGAGCGGCACCGCUAUCCCGCGCCCUACGUUCACGACGAGAGUUAAGGGCUUCUUCUCUUCCUACCUCCCCGUCCCAUCUGGCUCGAAAGCGCAACCUGUCAAGAAGCCCAAACCCGCGCAACCAGGCUUUCCCGUACCACCACCAGAAACCUUCGCCAAACCCCGCGCACCGAUCCACACACCUGCCCCGAAGCCUGUGCCGAAGCCCGUCCCUCCGAGGAACUCUGUCCAACUGAACGCUGUGCCCCCGCCGAAGCCGUCCAGGAUACCGCGCGGCAAGGAACAGCCUCGCAGAUUGGUGGACCUGCACCCGGCGCCACCACCUCCGGUGGACAAGCCGCUCCGAAUGGAUCCUUCCGCGAAGAGGCGCAGUAGCGGCGGGAGUGUCAAGGAUCUGAUCCUGGCUUUCGAGGGACUGGGCGAGAGCUCGAGCUCGAGACCUGCUUCAGUGGCGUCGAAUCGUGGAGGGAGUAAGUUGAAGGAGCGGCCCUUAUGGAGACCUUGAUUGAGCGAUAUACCAGUAUGAAUUAUGAUUUAA